GUGCUGUGUUGCGCGGCGGCUGUGUGCGUCGUGUGCGUUGCGUAGCGUGAAGCAGAAGAGUGAAACGGAUACUGUAAAUCUUCCGUCUUAAGCCGCACUAAGCUCGCCAUGUCCGCUCAUGAGCAGAUGCGCCAAAUGCUGGACCAGCUAAUGGGCACCGGCCGUGAUGGCGAAGCACUAAAGAGACGCCCGUCUCUUGACCUGGAACCGGGAGAGUGUAGUUGUUCAGUGCUGUACUUUGCGCGAGAACAACCGCUACAAGGUGCACUUUACGGAUCCCCGGGUGUGCAAGAGCUUCCUGCUGGCCUGCUGCCCACACGACAUCCUGGCAUCCACGAGAAUGGAUUUGGGUGACUGUCCCAAGAUCCAUGACUUGGCCCUGAGGGCUGAUUAUGAGAAUGCCUCUAAGAAGAAGGACUACUUCUAUGAUGUGGACGCAAUGGAGCACCUUCAGAACUUCAUCGGCGAGUGUGACCGGCGAACAGAGCAAGCCAAAAGGCGGCUGGCUGAGACACAGGAGGAGCUGAGUGCAGAAGUGACACUCAAGUUGAACCGCGUGCACGAGCUGGCAGAAAUGAUGGGCAAGAAGCUGGCCGCAGCGGAGGCGAAAGGCGCCGACGGCAAUGUUGAAGAGUCACUCAAGCUCCUUGAGGAAGUGGAGGAGAUCCGGCGGAAGAAAGCGGAGGCGGAGCAGGACUACCGCAACUCCAUGCCUGCGUCCUCGUACCAGCAACAGAAGCUGCGGGUUUGUGACGUGUGCUCUGCCUACCUGGGCAUCCACGACAAUGACCGUCGGCUGGCUGAUCACUUUGGGGGCAAGCUGCACCUGGGAUUCAUCGCCAUCCGCGAGAAACUGGCGCAGCUCAAGCAGACUGUCACCGACAAGCGCGAGAAGGCGCGAGCCGAACAGCUCGCCGAGCGGUCCUCCUCUCGGGGAGGACCGACCCCGUGGCGGUGCGGGCCAGACAGCCGGAGCCGCAGCCGGAGUCCCACUCGCCGUGGCGGCGAGGAGCGCCCCGUGCGCCGCAGGUCGCGGUCACGCGAGCGACGUCGCCGGAGUCGCUCCGGAUCACGGGGCUCCUCGUCACGUCAUCACUCCAGGGGCUCAUCGAGAGACCGCAAGCGUGACCGCAGUCGUGAGCGGCCACAUCGAGACAGUCGUCACAGGCGGUCAUCUCGUGAGCGGAGAGGUUCGCGGGAGAGGAGACAAGAGCGGGGUGACAGCGAGGAAAACCACAGACUGGACAAGUGAAGCACCCCGUCACAGAUAACUUACAGUGCAAUGUUCCAAGGACAAAGAAGCACUAGUUCCUGUGCAUUGCAACAAGACUCUGUCUCUCUCUCACUCAGACUCUUUGUACAUACAAGUGCUGUUGCGUUCAGACGCCAAAUUUUUUUUAACCAUAAAUCUGGUUGUUCUCAUAAAUACCA